GUGUGUGUGUAUGUAAACUAAUUAUUUUUUAUAACUUUAUAUAUAAGUCACAAAGAGUAAAUUCAAUAUGAAAGCUGUAAAAGUUACUUGUAAUGGGGAGUCAAAAAUUGUUGUUGCCACAUCCAAUGAUCUAAAUGCAUUUAUGGCAAAUAUUUGUUCUACUUUUAAUGUUCCAAACAUAUCAAAUUUAAAAUGGCUUGGUUGUGCAGUAAACACUUCAACUUUUCCUGCAGUAAUAUGUGAGCAAUCGGUAGAAAUGACAGUAGAAGUUUCCAGUUUCAUUGAUAUUUCAAAUAGCUAUCCAUUAAACGGGUUUUUAGCUCAUUUAGAAUCACAAUCAUCAUUAAAAAAUUAUUCAGCUUGCUCUACAACAUCAUUAACAAAUAUAUCUAUAGAAACUGAGAGUGGUACAGAGUUAGUUGCAGACUCAUCCAGCUGCAAUAGACCUCAAAUAACCAAAAGAAAAAUCUUAAAAGUACCAAUUCCUGAAGCUGGAAUUCGUAGCAUUGAAGAAUAUUUUAAUUUUUCAGUGAUUGAGUAUUUGAAUGGAAAAAGUAUUUCUAUCAACAAUAUAGAAAAACAGUUAAAAACCUCCUUAAUUAAUUAUUGCAGGGAUUUUCUGCCUCAAAGCAAUGAUAAAUGGGAUAAGCUUUUAGGUUUAAUAGCUAAUACAUUAAGACAGCAACAAUGGACAAAGUCAAACAAAGCUAGUCCAAAAUUUGGACAACUUUCUAAAUCCAAAAAAUCAUCUUCUUUGUUGGCGUUAGUAAAUUCAGCUGAACCUGUUUUAAGUAAAGAUCAGUUACUUGAUGAAGUUGAGAUUGAGCUGCAGAAGAAUAAGCCUUCAACUCAAGUUUUGGCAAUUUUAAAUCGGAAUUUGUUUGAGCCCCAGAUAUUUAAAAGCAUCCCGAUUCGACUGCAAUUAACUCCAUCUCUUCUUAUAAGCGAGUUUUGCAGGCUUUAUCCCAUGUUUGCAGAUUUCGAAAGUAAUUCUAAAGAGUUUUGCAACUUAGUUUUUUCCGAUGGGUCGGUUUUUUUGAAUUUAAUAAAAUUUCAAAGUGAUGUCUCCUGUAAAAAGUCUUCUUCCAAUGCUUUCCAUGUAACUUAG